ACGUUAGUCUAUGGCCGUCAUCCGCUCCCGCCGCCCGCUUAACCUGCGCCUCCCCCUCCCAGAACCCUCCGACCGCCGCCCCCGCUUCCCCCUCCCCCUCCCCCUCCCCCCCUCCGCCGCUGCCGCCGCCCCCCCGCCACCCGCCGGAGCCAUCUCCGCCGCCGACCUCGAAAAGCUCCAAGUCCUCGGCCACGGCAACGGCGGCACCGUCUACAAAGUCCGCCACAAACACACCGCCGCCGUCUACGCCCUCAAAGUCGUCCACGGCGACGGCGACGGCGACCGCCGCCAGCUCCUCCGCGAGGUUUCCAUCCUCCGCCGCACCGACUCGCCGCACGUCGUCAAGUGCCACGGCGUCUUGGACCUCCCCGGCGGCGACAUCGCCAUUUGUAUGGAAUACAUGGACGCCGGAACCCUAGAAACCCUCCUCAAAACCGGCGGCGGCGCCGCCGGAUCAGUCGUCUUCUCCGAGCAAAUCCUCGCCGGAAUAUGCCGCCAGGUCCUCGCCGGCCUCGAUUACCUCCACUCCCACAAAAUCAUCCACCGCGACCUCAAACCUUCGAACAUCCUCGUAAACCACGAAAUGGACGUCAAAAUCUCCGACUUCGGAGUCAGCAAAAUCAUGCAGAAAACCUUGGACCCCUGCAACUCCUACGUCGGCACGUGCGCCUACAUGAGCCCGGAGCGGUUCGACCCAGACACGUACGGGUCGAACUACGACGGGUACGCGGGCGACAUCUGGAGCCUCGGGUUGACCCUACUGGAGCUCUAUAUGGGUCAUUUCCCCUACCUUGCGCCGGGCCAGAGGCCAGACUGGGCCACGCUAAUGUGCGCCAUAUGCUUCGGCGAGCCGCCGCGGCUGCCGGAGACGACGUCGGAGAAUUUCAGGAGCUUUAUUGAGUGCUGUUUGCAGAAAGAUUCGAGUAAGAGGUGGACGGCGAAGCAGCUUUUGUCGCAUCCCUUUGUCAGCCGCCGCUGAAGUCGCCGGAAAAUUUUGAACUCGCGGCGGCGACGGCGGCGGAGGGAUUUUGGGGGUUUAGAUGUAAAUAUGGGUUUUUUUUUUGUUGUAAAUUAUGAGAAGCUACAAGGAAAAUCAAUAAGAAUCCUGUUUCAAUUUCCGGCGGAAAAUUGCUGGAGAAAUUGACAGAAGUUUUUUA